CGAGCGAGCGAACGAGCGAGCGUCGCGGGGCGGCGUUCAGGGGAACCGGAGCGGACGACACAGCUCGACUCGGCAAGCGCGCGUCUCGACUCUGUGUCUCUCUCUCUGGGGACGAGUUUCCACGCAGUUCCUCACGGCGGGGGGGCCGGGCUGUGCGCCACCCGGACCGGGAUACCUCUAUGACGCUCGGACGCCCCUUCGGCUCUUCACACCUCCAUGUUUGAGCGCCUUCCGGCGUGACCAUCGCUGCCCGCGGCGGUGCCAUGAACAGCGGGCUCUCGGCUCCAGCGGCUCCGCUCGGGGGGGUCACCGGCCCCGGUGUCAAGGUGAAGUUCUGCCGCUACUACGCCAAGGACAAGACCUGUUUCUAUGGGGACGAGUGCCAGUUCCUGCACGAGGACCCGUCCGUCGCGAGCCUGUGUGCGCACGGCGGCGGCAGCAGCCCUGCGCCCGUGUCGUUGUCUCUGGGUCCCGGACCCGUGGCUGCGGCUGCCUAUCCGCUCGGAGGCGCCGCGGUGACUUCGGCGGGUGGCGGCCCCGCCAGCAUCUCCAAAAAAACCGACGUCCUGGGAGCCGUGGAGUCCGCUUUGGAGGGAGCAUUGCUGACAAUCCCAGGGAUGGAAGGUGGACCCUUGACUGAUGCCAGCCUGACCAACUCCUACUUCAGUAGCAGCUUCAUUGGGGUCAAUGGCUUUGGGAGCCCAGCAGAGGCCAAAUUCUCCAUGAUGCAGAGAGUUCCCAGCAACAGCUCAAGUAGCCUCCUGAAUGACAGUGCCAAGAGCUUCUCCACACAGGUAGACACUGUGAGUUCUUCUGCAUCGACUCUCUUCAGUGAUUUCUCUGCACUGAGCCUCUCGCAACGGAGAAAGGGUCCAAACCCAGCAGCUAGCGAGUUCAUCCCAAAGGGUGUGGCCAGUCCUUGUCUCGCCUCAGCUUCUCAGUCCAGCGGCCCAGUUUUCUCCUCCCCACUCUUCUCACACCCGACCUUAAGUGGCACCUCUGCAUCAGCACUCACCCCAGCUGGCAUGUCUCUUUCAGCUGGCUCCUCUCCACUUCAUUCACCUAAAAUCACCCCCCACACCUCGCCUUCCCUUCGCCGGCGAAGCCACACCCCGAACCCAAACCCAGCCACAAGCAGUUACAGCCCACUGGCCGAUUCAGCAGCCACCAGCCAUGUCAUCCAGAAGGAGACAGUUGGAGGGACCACAUAUUUCUAUACUGAUAACACGCCUGCACCUCUGGCUGGGAUGGUGUUUCCCACGUUCCACGUUUACCCACCCACAGCACCCCAUGUGGCCUACAUGCAACCCAAAGCCAACGCACCAUCCUUCUUUAUGGUGGAUGAGCUGCGCCAGGAGCUGAUAAACAGACAUUUAAUAACAAUGGCACAAAUUGACCAAUCAGAAAAUCCAGGCGUUCCCUCUGAAGUUGACAACUAUCACAGUCUCUUCCCAUUGGAGCCAUUGCCACCUCCAAAUCGCAUCCAGAAAACCAGCAACUUCAAUUACAUAACGUCAUGUUACAAAGCCAUUAACAGCAAAGACGACCUGCCAUACUGCCUUCGGAGGAUACAUGGUUUCAGACUGGUGAACACCAAGUGUAUGAUGCUGGUGGAUAUGUGGAAGAGGAUCCAGCACUCCAACUGCGUCACACUGAGAGAGGUCUUCACCACAAAGGCCUUUGGGGAUCACUCAUUGGUGUUCUCCUAUGACUUCCAUGCUGGCGCAGAGACCAUGUUUAGCCGACACUUCAGCGACGCAACAGCGGACUCUUACUUUACCAAGAGGAAAUGGGCGGGCCAACACGAGCCUCCUCCUCCCCGGCAGCAUGCUGGCCUGCUCCCAGAGUCGCUGAUAUGGGCCUAUAUUGUGCAGUUGAGCUCUGCCCUGAGAACGAUUCACACUGCUGGAUUGGCCUGUCGGGUGAUGGACCCCACAAAAAUCCUCAUAACUGGCAAAACGAGGUUGCGUGUGAACUGUGUAGGGAUAUUUGAUGUCUUAACAUUUGACAGCAAUCAGGCUAAUCCACUGGCCCUAAUGCCACAGUAUCAGCAAGCAGACCUAAUCUUAUUAGGCAAGGUGGUGCUGGCCCUGGCUUGUAACUCGCUGGCUGGCAUUCAGCGAGAGAACCUCCAGAAGGCCAUGGAGUUGGUGUCAAUCAACUACUCAUCAGACCUCAAGAACCUCAUCCUGUACCUCCUGACAGAGCAGACUCGCCUACGGAGUGUCAACGACAUCAUGCCAAUGAUUGGUGCUCGCUUCUAUACCCAGUUGGAUGCUUCCCAGAUGAGAAAUGAUGUCAUAGAGGAGGACCUUGCAAAGGAGGUGCAAAAUGGGCGUCUCUUUCGCCUGUUGGCCAAACUGGGCACCAUCACAGAGAGACCAGAGUUUCAGAAGGAUCCCACUUGGUCAGAAACUGGAGACCGCUACCUGCUAAAGCUCUUCAGAGAUUACCUGUUCCACCAGGUGACCGAAGCAGGGACUCCUUGGAUUGACCUUAGUCACAUUGUCUCGUGUCUCAACAAGCUGGAUGCUGGGGUCCCAGAGAAGAUCAGCCUGGUGUCACGAGAUGAGAAAAGCGUCCUGGUAGUGACCUACUCGGACCUGAAGCGCUGCUUUGACAGCACCUUCCAGGAGCUGCUUGCGGCUGCAAGUGGGCAGCUGUAGCCUUGGUCCAUACCCGGUCACAGCUUUCUUCGUCGCCGGGUCACACUGCUGUUGUUUUUUGGUUGUAGUCAUUCCCAAUGACUGAAAGCAGAAGAGUUUGCCCUGCAGCUGGAGGUGAGGUGGGGCCCGGCAGGAGGCCGACACCAUUGCACUUGUCAGGUACACUGGUCCUGCAGUACAGAGCUCCUCUCAAAAGCGCUUUUUAAAUUUUCCUCAUUGUGACCAUAGAGUUGUAAUAAUGGACAAAAAGAGCCACAUUUUUUUAAGAUUCAAGGAGGGAACAAAGGUGUUAAUGUUCCUCCUUUUUUUAAUUUUCUGUGGUUCCUGCACUAAAUGUUUUUUUAAAAAUGUGAUUGUGAUGUAGGAUGCAUGUGAGGAUUCUGGAGGGAGCCUCAUGAGAAAGAGGAGGUCACACAGAAGGGUUUUAUCCAAAGAAUGCAGAACGCAAGCCUUGACUACACCUCACACCCUCAGUGCAGGAGUGGGUACAAGAGACAAUAGAGAUGAAGUUCUGUGUCCUCCAGGAUGUAGUGUGCCCCCUAUCCACACUUCAUAGCUCAGUCCAGCGUGUAAAUGAUUACAGUAGUGCCCCCUUAUCCACGGGGGAUACGUUUCAAGACCCCCAGCGUAUGCCUGAAACUGCAGAUAGUACCGAACCCUAUAUAUACUAUGUUUAUAAAAAAAAAUAAAAGGGGGUUAUUUGAACACAAGCACUGCGAUACCACGACAGUCGAACUGAUAACCAAGACGGCUGAUAAGUGACUAACGGGCGGGUAGCGUAUACAGUGUGGAUACGCUGAACAAAGGGAUGAUUCACGUCUCGGAUGGGAUGGCGCGAGAUUUCAUCACGCUACUCAGAACAGUGCGCAAUUUAAAACUUAUUUCUGGAAUUUUCCAUGUAAUAUUUUUGGACCGUGCUUGACCGUGGGUAACUGAACCCGUGGAAAGCGAAACUGCAGAUAAGGGGGGACCACUGUAUUGAUGACAAGUCCUCUGUCUGUUCUUCCCUUCCCGUGCUCCCUGGCUGGUUGUGGUGUCCAAGCUUUUGAGUUGAGCCACUGUGUGAAUGUGGCUUGUUUUCCCCGUGCGCUGCGAGUGAUGUUCCCUUUUCAGCUUCGUUAUAAACUAAAUCUGGGGGAAAAACUCUGGACACAUUGUUUUCUUUUUCGGAACCACAUCCUUUCCUGCCAAAACAGAUAUAACUUCCUUUUUAAACAAGAACAUGCAAAGCAGGCUUUUGACACUGAAUCUUGUCUUUUUGUAUGUUUUUGAGAGUUUCCAUUGAACUGCUUUUUAUAUUUGGGUGAAUAGUACUUUACUGCCUGUUGCCCCUGCAGUGAAGAUUUCUUGAAGACCGGCUGGGGCAAGUUUUUGCUUCUCUACAACUUUAUUUUGUGUAUUAAUUUUCAUAUGGUAGGUGGUCUCCACCUGGUUCUUCCUCCCUGUAGCCCACCGCCCUGCUGCUGCGAUGCCUGAAGCCUGCAGGCGGGUUCUUCUGUGGCUGGCAAAUCUCAUAGUCAGCUGAGGAGCAGGGAGCACUCACUGGCUUUGGGAAACCAUCAUCCUGUUCUCCUGAUGGGUCAGUAGGACGAUGGACCUCCCUGGAUGUGGUGCCUAGACACCCCUUUCCCCACACACAGACACGUGCACGACACACAUUCACAUUCAAAAAUGUACAUUGCCUUUUCCACUUAGGCACACAUUGUGCCACUUUUGUAAGGUAUGUUUGUAUCAUGACUUUCCUGUUUGUCUUCGGUUUUGCAUUUUUUUGUUCUGUGUGUGAA